UCAUUCCAAGAUGGCGCUCCCGUACCGCGUGUCUGGCACCCUCACGAAGAGCGCAGGACUCGCGGCCGCCAUCGCCAAGCAGUCCAAGAUCCUUAGCUUCAAACCCGCGAAGAAAAUCGAGUUCUCCUUCGAUCCCUUUCGAGAGAGGACUGUGUCUCUGAGAUGCAUUCUUAGUCUUUUCAAUCAAGAAAGGGUUCGUGACACCAACCCAAACUGCGCUGUGAAGACCACCGUUGUUUGUGACAGAUCCGAGCCCACGAUAAACAUUACUCUUGCUUCAGGUCACAAAAUACUAUUUAAGACCCAAUAUCUCGAGACGGUGGAAAUACUCAAGAAAUUUAACGAGCUGGUGAGCAGUCAGGCCGAAGCAGCAGAGUCCAGCUCAACCCCAGCGAAAGGGGCCAAGACGACAAAGCAGGGCAAGAGAAGGACGUAGGACAUAUAUCGACUUGUAUAGGAAAUCCUUUUGUACAUAUGGUUGCGGCUUAGUGCCUGUUUGGGGGUCCAUUAAGAAAUACAGUAAUACAGACUAGAAAAUUUUGAGUUAACUUGAAAGCCAACAUGUCGACCCAAGC